AUGAGCACGGACAAAGAGCCCGCAAAGGGUUCCAAGUCCUCCCACAACGGCGACAACGGGGGGCCCGAUAAAGGUAAAGGAAAAGCGCGAGCAUCCUCCUACGAGUCUACCCAAGCUUACUCCACCUCCCCUACCGACGACGCCGACUACGAAGACGACGACCCCCGAGCCAGCCAGAUCGGCCGCUUCGCGCGCACCAGAUCAACUACACCAGGCCGCUCACCAUCCGGCACCUACGCUUGCCCGCAGUGUUCCCGAACCUACGCGCGCGCCGACGGCCUAAAUCGACAUGUUAAGAACGUGCACGACACCGCGCAGCGCAAAUUUUACCAGUGCCCCCACUGCCCUCACUCCUCCGUCCGCUCAGACAACCUCGCCAAGCACAUCCGGAACAAGCACGGCGUGGGUAGCGAGAGGAUCACGUGCCAGUUGGACGACUGCGACGUUGGGGUGCUGAGGGCGGACAAGUACCUCGUGCACGUGGCGGACGUGCACGCCGAUGACAUUGGGGAGAUUCUAUACGAGACGGGGAAGAAGGCGUAUUACGGGAGGCGGGAGGAUAAGGACGAGACUGAGGAUGAGGGGUACGGCGAGGAGAGUGACGAGAGCGAGGACGAAUACGCGGACGAGGAUGAGUACGAUGUGGAUUAUGAGUAG